AUGGCCAUGACCAGAACCCAGCUCGUCUGCAACAUGGCAGGUGAACAGUCAUUGUCACCGGCUUCCGGAUUUUCCUUGCUCCUGCUUAACUUGGAGGAGUACUACUUUGAACAGCAUACAGCUAAUCACAUUCAGCACGAGGGCAAUCGGAAUGAAAGGAAAAUCAGAGGCUCCUUAAAAAUAUGUUCGAAAUCAGUUAUUUUUGAACCAGAUGCCAUAUCCCAGCCCAUCAUUAAGAUUCCUUUGAGAGAUUGUAUAAAAAUAGGAAAACAUGGAGAAAACAGAGCCAGUAGACACUUUGCAAAGGCAGUACCCGGAGGGAUUUCACUCAUUUUCAGUCAGGUAUAUUUCAUUAAAGAACACAACAUUGUUGCCCCGUAUAAAACAGAGAGGGGUACCAUGGAGUAUGUCUUUGAAUUGGAUGUUUCAGGCAAAGCGGACGAUGUUGUGGAGACACUGCUUCAGCUUCACAGAGCAUCCUGCCUGGACAAACUGGGGGACCAAACUGCUAUGAUAACAGCUAUCUUGCAGUCACGUUUGGCGAGGACAUCGUUUGACAAAAACAGAUUCCAGAGUGUCUCUGAAACGUUGCAUAUGGAGUGCAAAGCAGAGAUGGUGACACCUCUGGUGACGAAUCCUGGGCACGUGUGCGUCACUGACACCACCCUGUACUUUCAGCCUCUCAACAGGUACCCGACACCCGUGGUCCAGAUAACCCUCCAGGACGUCCGCCGCAUCUACAAACGGAGGCACGGCCUCAUGCCUUUGGGCUUGGAAGUGUUCUGCACAGAAGAUGACCUGUGUUCCGACAUCUACCUGAAGUUCUACGAACCUCAAGACCGAGACGACCUCUACUUUUAUAUUGCUACGUAUCUAGAGCACCACGUGGCAGAGCACUCGGCCGAGAGCUACACGCUGCAGUGGCAGCGGGGGCACCUGUCCAACUACCAGUACCUGCUGCACCUCAACAGCCUGGCCGACCGCAGCUGCAACGACCUCUCCCAGUACCCUGUGUUCCCCUGGGUGGUCAGCGACUACAGCAGCCCGGAGCUGGAUUUGUCAAAUCCAGGAACCUUCCGGGACCUCAGUAAGCCAGUAGGGGCCCUCAAUAAGGAACGUCUGGAGAGGCUGCUGGCGCGCUACCAGGAGAUGCCGGAGCCCAAGUUCAUGUACGGCAGCCACUACUCCUCCCCGGGCUACGUGCUGUUCUAUCUUGUGAGGAUCGCGCCAGAGUACAUGCUGUGUCUGCAGAAUGGAAGAUUCGAUAACGCAGAUAGAAUGUUCAACAGUAUCGCAGAAACUUGGAAAAACUGUUUGGAUGGCGCAACCGAUUUUAAAGAGCUGAUUCCGGAGUUCUACGGUGAUGACAUCAGCUUUUUAGUCAACAGUCUGAAGCUGGAUUUGGGGAAGAGACAAGGAGGGCAGAUGGUUGAUGACGUGGAGCUUCCCCCGUGGGCGCAGAGUCCCGAGGACUUUCUGCGGAAGAGCAGGGAGGCACUGGAGAGCAGCUACGUGUCCGAGCACCUGCACGAGUGGAUCGACCUCGUGUUCGGCUACAAGCAGAAAGGAGCGGACGCGGUUGGAGCCCACAACGUUUUUCAUCCCCUGACCUAUGAAGGAGGCGUAGACUUGAACAGCAUGGAGGACCCUGACGAGAAGGUGGCCGUGCUCACCCAGAUCCUGGAGUUCGGGCAGACGCCCAAACAGCUCUUUGCGACUCCACAUCCUCGAAGGAUCACCCCCAGGUUUAAAAGUGGGUCCCAGCCCUCGAGUUGUAACGCAUCCACGGCCGAUUCUCCAGAGAGGCGGCGGCUGACUCGGCUGCCGCUGGAUGUAGUCUCUCCAGGUGAAGAGUCUUUUGAAGACCUGACGGAGGAGAGCAGAACGCUGGCCUGGAGCAAUAUCACCAAACUGCAGCUGUACGAGCAGCACAGGAUCCACAAAGAGGCAGUUACCGGAAUCGCAGUCUCCUGCAACGGCUCGUCCAUCUUCACAACCUCACAAGACUCCACCCUGAAGAUGUUUUCCAAAGAAUCCAAGAUGCUACAAAGAAGUAUAUCAUUUUCAAAUAUGGCUUUGUCGUCGUGUUUACUUUUACCGGGAGAUGCCACUGUCAUAAGCUCUUCGUGGGACAAUAACGUCUACUUUUAUUCCGUGGCGUUUGGGAGACGCCAGGACACGCUGAUGGGGCAUGACGAUGCUGUUAGUAAAAUCUGUUGGCUCGACAGCAGGCUGUAUUCUGCAUCCUGGGACUCGACUGUGAAGGUGUGGUCCGGGGUCCCUCCCGAGAUGAGCGCAGCCAGGAGACACCAGUUUGACCUGCUGGCCGAGCUGGAGCACGACGUGGGCGUGGACACAAUCAGUUUAAACGCUGCAGGCACGCUGCUGGUUUCAGGCACCAGAGAAGGCACAGUGACUAUCUGGGACCUCGCCACGGCCACCAUACUGCACCAGAUUCCGUGUCACUCAGGGACCGUAUGUGACACUGCUUUUAGCCCAGACAGUCGCCACGUCCUCAGCACAGGAGAAGACGGCUGUCUGAACGUCAUCGACGUGCAGACGGGCAUGCUCAUCUCGUCCAUGACUUCGGACGAGCCGCAGAGGUGCUUUAUCUGGGAUGGGAAUUCUGUUUUAUCCGGAAGUCAGUCUGGCGAGCUGCUCGUCUGGGACCUCCUCGGGGGAAGGAGCACUGAGAGAAUUCGGGGCCACGCAGGAGCCGUGACGUGCAUGUGGAUGAACGAGCAGUGCAGCAGCGUCAUCACGGGCGGGGAGGACAGACAGAUCACGUUCUGGAACCUGCAGUAUUAAGUGCCUUUUCCUCAAGUAUUAUUGAACUCGAUUUAAUGUAUUUUUAAACCAAACUUUUAAAUGAACUGGUGAAUGUGCAAUUAUAGUAAUUAGAAGUUUUACCACAAGAGAUGUUUGUGGUUUUAAACUUUCUAAAUUGUGGUGACUUCACUGAAAGCCAUCAGUUGCCAUCCUCAGGCAGAGGACGCGGCAGCAUUCGCGGUAAACGUGCGUUUGUAAGGCAGGCGAUGAUGGUCAGAAGAUGGAUUUGGGGGCAGAGGGAACAGCUCAGUGGUGUUAACCCAGCCGGGGCAGUUUCCAGGAGGCACUGAGCAAUGUAAGGAUUUUCCAAGGAGAUGUGAGUGCUCUGCCCACUCACUCAUGUCUCCCUAGUCCACACGGCCACUGCCCAGCGGGCUCUGGGGGAGGUGUUUUCAUGGAGUGGUUACUUUCUAUAACCUACUGCCCCCAGAGUCUGAGAGUGUGGGGAAGGGUUAGCAGGUCUUACAACAGCCUUCUGUGCACAGGACAGUUUGCUCCACGGUAGCUGUGAAAUCCUCAUCUUUUCUAUGACAUUAAAAGUAUUUUUCUGUAAUGAAA